AUGGCACAUAAAAUUAAACAGCAACUUGAACCACUUCCACCAUCACCUAAAAUACAAGAAGUAAAAAAUGUUUUCUUAUUUAUACCAAACAUUAUAGGCUUUAUUCGGGUCAUUCUUGCGAUACUCUCAUUGUAUUAUAUGCCAAAUAAGCCAUGGACUUGUAUGGGUCUUUAUACAUUUUCUUGUUUGUUAGAUGCUGUAGAUGGAAAUGCGGCAAGAUAUUUUGAUCAAUGUAGUGAGUUUGGAGUCGUCUUAGAUAUGGUAACAGACAGAUCAACAACUUCUUGUCUAUUGUGUUUCCUUGCUACAAAGUAUUCUUCAUGGACAAUUUUAUUUCAAUUAUUAAUCUCUUUGGAUCUUAGCAGUCAUUAUAUGCAUAUGUAUAGCUCAAUGACAUCAGGUUCUUCGAGCCAUAAAAAUAUUGAUAAAUCUUCAAAUUCUAUUUUACGUGCUUAUUAUUCUAAUAAUGUAGGUUUUUAUGUGGUUCUUUUUAUCUUCUGUGCACUAAAUGAAUUAUUUUUUGUUGCAUUGUAUCUUUUAUCAUUUAACCACGAAGACAUAGCACCGGGGCUGAAUUUUAUAAUUCGAUUAAUUGCUUUUUUUUCAUUUCCUGUUUGUGCUGGAAAACAAAUAAUUAAUGUAAUUCAAUUAGCUGGUGCUAGUAAAAGGUUGGCUAGUAUUGACCUCGCAGAACAAAGAAAGAUAUCCAAAAAUGGAGAAAACGUAAAGAACAAUUGA